AACAUGGCAGCCCAGUCAGUAAAAAAAACUUGCGCGAGCGAGUGACAGCUUCGCCACAAUAAACCUUGAAUCGAAUAUUUCCAUCCAUUCUUUGAUAUUUGUUUAGUGUUUUUACCAUUUACGUAUCACGUGUGUUCUUCUACUUACUCCGUCCGUGUUGCAUCGAGUGCUAGUGUUGUGAGACGAUGGGUGUCGGUGUUGGCGCGCGGUGAAAGUGUGUUGGAGCUGCCAUGGGCGUGGGUCUGCAGCCUCUGGAGUUCAGCGAGUGCCUGGCCGACAGCCCCGUGUUCCGGGAGAAGCUGCUGCGCCAUGAGAAGGAGCUGGAGCGCACCAGCCAGCAGAUCAAGCGGCUCAUCAAGGAGGUCAAGGAUGUCGUGCACGCCGCCAAGCGGCUGGGCGCGGCGCAGCUGGCGCUGGCGGACAGCAUGGAGCAGUUCGAGUUCCCGUGCAUCGGCGCGUCCAUGACGGAGGACGAGCGCGUCAUCUCGCGCUCGCUCAAGCAGUUCGCCAUGCUCAUGAGGGACAUCGAGAGCGAGCGGGAGCGGAUGCUGGGGCGAGCCCACGACCAGAUCAUCGAGCCGCUCGAGAGGUUCCGCAAGGACCACAUCGGAGCCGUCAAGGAGGGCAAGAAGAAGUUCGACAAGAAGACGGCCAAGUUCUGCCAGAGCCAGGAGCGCACGCUCGCGCUCUCCACCAAGAAACCUGAUGCCGUCUUCCAGGAGGCGGACGCAGCUCUCGAGAUGGCGGAGCGCGACCUGUGCGCGGCCUCGGGCGAGUAUGUGUUCCAACUGCAAGCCGUCCAGGAGAGGAAGAAGUUCGAGCUGGUGGAGACGCUGCUGGGCUUCGUGUUCGGCUGGUGGACCUUCCACCACACGGCGCAUGAUGUGCACGUGGACAAUGAGCAGGCCAUGCGUGAUCUGCAGUUGAGGAUACAGCGGACGCGGACCAACUUCGAGGAGACGAGCAAGCAGACCGAGUCGCUCAUGAAGAAGAUGAUGGAGAUGAGACAAAUGAACAAAGACGUGGAGGUGUCGGAGGACGGCAGCGGCGUCACGCGCGCCGGCUACCUGUUCCUCAUGGAGAAGAAGGCGUUCGGCACGACGUGGACGAAGCAGUACGCGACGUAUGAAAAAAGCUCGAGAACGUUGACGCUGCUGCCCUACAACCAGAUCAACGUUAAGGCGUUCUCAUCCCUAUGCGCGGAGUCCAUGGUGGUGUCCCACGCAUGCGCCCUAGACGACAGCGAGCGGCGCGCGGCGUGGGAGGCGCGGGGCGAGCGCGCGGGCGAGGCGGACGCGUGGACGCUGCAGGCCGUGUCGCCCGCCGCGCGCGCCGCGUGGCUGCACGCGCUGAGCGCCACCCGCCAGCCGCAGGUGUCGCUGGCGGGCGCGGAGGGCGGCGAGGCGGGGCACGUGCUGGACGAGAACGGGUUCACCUUCGUGAGGACCAUCAUCAGCACCCUCGAGGCAAGGGGGUUAACGGAGCAGGGACUGUAUAGAGUGGCAGGCGUAUCCUCCAAGGUCUCCCGACUAGUCCGCUGCGCUUCCAACCCUCGUUCCUUACCGGACCUGACCGACCCGUGUCAGUGGGAGAGCAAGACCCUAACCUCUGCACUGAAGGGGUACCUGCGGGCACUGGGGUCCCCGCUGUGCACGCGCCGCCUGCACCAGCAGCUCAUCCACGCCGCCAAGCUCGAGUCCCGCUCGGAGCGAGUGGCCGCCGUCCAUCAGCUGGUCCAUCAGCUGCCGCGAGACAACCGCGCCAUGCUGCACACCGUCGUACAGCACCUGUGCAACGUGGUGGCCCAGUCCGACAAGAACCUGAUGUCAGUGUCCAACGUGGCAGUCUGCUUUGGACCGACACUACUGCGAGCGGAGAGAGAGACGGUCGCUUCCAUACUGGAGAUCAAGUUCUACAACGUGAUCGUGGAGACGCUCAUCGAGAACUUCAGGACGAUAUUCCUAGAGCCGCCGCCUGCUGUCACAGAGCCGGUGAAUGGACACGCCAGGUUAGUUUACUUAGACUCGUUGUAG